UAUUAAUCAGAACUAUUUAACCUAGAAUUUCGUGUUGUCAAAGUCGUGCUUUAUAUGAAGUUUUCACACUUAAAAAUCAAAUUAUUUAAAGUUCUUUAAAUAUUUUCAAUACUUUUGUGUCUUGUAAUUGUAAAAAAAUAUAAAAACAUGUUAAAUCACGUAUAUUUUGUAGUGAUGAUAAAGUGGGGUUAUUAGUUUAAAAAAACACAAAAAUACAAAAAUAUUCCUUUAAGUCUUUAAGAAAACCUAUAUAAAACAAAUAUGAGGAGUAUCAGUAAAUGUAUUGGUCUAUGUAAGAAAUUCUCUGUUGGUUUUCAACCCCAAACAAGACACAUUGGACUUAUACCAAUUGUAGUAGAACAAACAGGAAGAGGGGAACGUUCGUACGAUAUUUAUUCUCGUCUGUUAAGAGAAAGAAUAGUUUGUUUGAUGGGACCAAUAAAUGACGCCCUAAGUUCUCUUGUAAUAGCUCAACUGUUAUUUCUUCAAUCAGAGUCAACUUCUAAGCCGAUUCACAUUUAUAUAAAUUCACCAGGAGGCAGUGUUACAGCAGGGCUGGGAAUAUACGACACUAUGAACUACAUAAUGCCCCCAGUAGCUACAUGGUGUGUUGGACAGGCCUGUAGCAUGGCAUCCUUACUUUUGGCCAGUGGUUCUCCAGGUCUUAGACAUUCCCUACCAAAUGCAAGAAUUAUGAUACAUCAGCCUUCUGGUGGGGCCCAAGGACAAGCCACUGACAUUCAGAUUCAUGCAGAGGAAAUUAUUAAACUGAAGAAACAAAUAAAUGGUUUGUAUGUGAAGCAUACAGGACUGCCAUUGGAAAAAGUAGAAAAAUUAGUUGAGAGGGACACAUUUCUAAGUCCCGUAGAAGCCAAGAAGUUGGGAAUUGUUGAUGAUGUACUGACUGCCCCACAGAAGAAAAUUUUCAAAGAAUUACUGGAUUCAAAGCCCCAACCUGCAGCUGUUACAGCUAGUGCUCCAUCAUCAUAAUGUCUUUAAUCUUUUUUGUUUAUUUUACUAUUUUCAUUCGCAAAUAAAUUAAAAAAAAUAUAUA